AUGGACGUGGUAGUGCCGACACCGGAGAGGACCACCAAGUCGACAGUCAUGGAACCCGUGGGUCCGUGGGCUACAGGAAGGGUGGAUUGGAACCCGGAGGCCGGGCUUGUGGGCGUAAGACCUGUUGUGGACCAAUACUCUAUGGCUCGAUACGACGUCCACCAAUGGAAGGAGCGUAUCGAUCAUCUCAAGCAGGUCUCUUGUAAAAGUUGCAACAAGUCCGAAUCGGUAGAGGACCACUCGACGGACAACAUGAAGACGGCAGCUCGGCUGGCGGACAAGAACCAGGAUGAGUGCAAGGGCCUGAUAAACGGGCGGGCGUUGGAGAUCCACAAGCUGAGGACGGACCUGAGCCGGAGCAUCGACGCCGUGGAAAAAGAGAUGCGGAUGCUCCAGGACGAGAUCCACCGGAUCAAACGCUGCAUCGCCACCGUCGACAUCGCCGGCCUCAUCUCCAACGAGUGCAUCAAGCAACGCGGCUUCCGCCUCGAGUCCGACCUCGUCCACGAUCCCGUCCAACAGGAGCUCGCUAAGGAGUACUCACUCAUUAACGAAGUACGGGAAUUACUGGUGAAAACUUUGGGACAAUUUGAGGAGCAGCUGGCGAGAAAUGAGUCUGUCAAGAGCAAACUGGAAUGGGAUUGGUCGAACAAAAGAGAAGCCUACGACCUUGAGACGACCAAUGUUGGACUCAACACACAGUCCACCACCGCUCUUUUUAAGCCGGGAUCCGUGCGAUUCCCCGAAAAUGGUGCGAGCGUACCUCGGUGGACGGCGGAGACGGAGACAGCGUUGGCGGUGGGGGAUGAGGCGUGCAAACAGUCGGCCGAGCUCCGACUCCUCCUCAACAACACCAUCCUCAUCGACUGCAUCAGGGAUCUGCGACUCCAGUGCGAUCGCGUCGACCUCGCUCUCUCCCAGAGGAUCCAAGAAACCGAGCAGAGUCGCCAAGUGCUCCAGGCUUGCCUCGAAAAGAUAUUGAACAGAAUGAGCACCACGGAAGGCACCAUCCGGAAGUUGAAAAAUAUGAUACGGAAUUUGGACCAAAUGACGAAAGUCGCUCAAUCGCGGCUAGAUAAUCGAAACCAGAGGCCACCCGCAGAAAGUACGCGCGAUGAAGCUCACGUGAGGUUAGUGGAUGAGGUAAAAACGCUUCUUGAGCAAACAACGACUCUGGAAAACCGUAUCAAAGAUACAGAGGCUGUGCAUCAGGAGCUAUAUGCGUCACGGAAAAACCUGGAGCAGGAAUUGCAGGUUAAGCUGAAAACGUUGUGGGUGGAUAGAGAGCGCUGUCAGCCUGUUCGCGCUCAUUACCCCUCCGUGGCUGCGUUGUCGGGACACGGUGACUGAAAGAUUAAUCGCCGUUCCAAAGUCCCAUUUAAGUAUCUGAAUCAAAAAAGGCUGCCGUUUAUGCCGUCAUCAUUCAUCCAUAAAACUAAAUGAACUGGAAACAGCAUUGAUCUGCCGUGAUAUCGAAGAGAGCAGCAAGUGCAAAAAUGAAGUUUUGAG